AUGGAUGUCAGAGAUUUGAUAGUAGGAACGAUCUUCUUAUUACACACUAUAUUUGGGACCUUGGGGAAUUCUUUUCUUCUUUUCUAUUAUUUCUUUCUUCACCACAUGGGAUGUCGGCUGAGGCCCACAGAUUUUAUUGUCAAGAAUCUGAUUGUAGCCAAUUUCUUGGUACUAUUCUCAAGUGGAAUCCGCUCGACCAUGGAAUCUUUUGGGGGGUUUCAUAACAUCAGUAAUCUAGGGUGCAAGUUUCUCCCCUACAUUCGAGUGUUGGGCCGGGGCAUGUCCAUUGGAACCACCUGCCUCUUGAGUGUCUUCCAGGCCAUCACCAUCAUUCCAAGGAGCUUCAGAUGGGCAGAGAUCAAAGACAAAGCUCCCAAGUGCAUUGUCCCUUCUGUUGUCCUGUGCUGGAUGGUCAGCAUGCUAGUGAAUGUUAUCUACCCUGUAUUUAUGUCUCGUAGUUUGGAUAACAAUAGCAUCUCUGAAACAAAAAAUUUUGGAUACUGUUCUGCUGUCCGUCAUGAUCAAACCAUGGACUCAGUGUAUGCUAUGUUGCUCUCCUUCCCUGAUGUGAUCUUUUUUGGGGUCAUGCUCUGGGCCAGUGGGUUCAUGGUUCUGAUUCUGUACAGGCACAAGCAGAGGGUCCAAUACCUUCACAGAAACACUGUGUCUUCUACAUCCUCUCCUGAGUCCAGGGCCACCAAGACUAUCCUCUUUCUGGUGAGUACUUUUAUCUACUUUAAUACUCUUUCUUCCAUCUUUCAAAUUGCUUUGUCGGUUUUCAAUAAUCCCAACUGGUUCCUCUUGAACAUCAACUCACUGAUCACUUUGUGUUUCCCAACCAUCUGUCCUUUUCUGCUUUUGAGCCGUGAGUCCAGUGUAUCCAGGAUUUGUUCUAUCUGGGCGAGGAAAAAUAAUCCCCCUAAUUUAUGA